AUUUUUACUUUUUUUUUUCUUAAUAGGAAAAAAGUUCCAGGUUCAGGAAAACGAGAACGGAUCAAAAGCUUCUUCACACUUUGGGUCGAAAGGGUUAUUCACGUAUAGCUCGUGAAAUGAGAAAAAAGAAUCCGGAUUUAAAGGGGUUAAGAACUAUAGUAUGGAUGCAUGGACAUCUUAGAAACGAUGGUACACCGAUAAAUGAAGCAGUUGCCGCAACUUUGAAAAGGAUAGAAGAUUGUUUCCAAUCAAUUUCUGAUACACCAGCAGAAAAUUCCAUCCGCGAUGAUGCUAUUGCUCGAGUUUUAGGUCCUGAGCAUCGUGGAAGAGUUAGAGGACUUGGAUUUGGAGUUGCACCAUCGAAAGUGGAUGGACAAAUUCAAAGUAAUGGGAGAGUGAGAGAACUUGAAGAAAAGGUUGGAGCGCUAGAAGAAAAGGUUGAAGCACUUCUUCAAUUAUCUCAACAGAAUCAAAACAAGAAUGUAGACGACAUGAGUUCAUGUGCUUUUACUCAGUCACAACACGAAAGUGGUAUCUACAGAGGGAUUGUACAUAUGGAAAAUGCAAGGUGUCAACUGUUGUAUUGGUACAUAUUUGAAGAGGAGGAAAUUGUAGCUGAAGGAAGGAUUGCAUCGACAGACCCAAGUGCAAAGGUCCAUCACGUACCAAUCGGAUGAGAUUGUUGGAAGGUGUGGAUUGAGG